UCGCCAGGGCCGCCAGGAUUAUCAGGCCGUAUCUUGUAAUUGUUUUACAGUGGUUUAAAACGUGUUUUUCUGAAAACUACUUUUGGACAUCAGUUUGUACUCAGAUCAAUAAUACGACACAGUCGCUCUCCAUGGAUUUUGUGAUUGGCGGGCUAGCCGGCGCAGGCGCAACGGUGUUUACGAACCCGCUCGACGUGGUCAAGACGCGGCUGCAGCUGCAGGGCGAGUUGCGUGCGCGCUCUAAGCACACCGUGCAGUACCGCGGCAUCUUCAAUGGACUAUACGUCAUUGCGAAGAAUGACGGUUUGCUCGCACUGCAGAAGGGGCUUGUCCCAGCUAUGUUUUUUGGAUUCGCUAUGAAUUCUGUAAGGUUAGGUUUGUAUCAUAUAGCUGAAACAAACAAAUGGAUCAUGCAUAAAGAGGGAAAUAUCAGUAUGCCCAAAGCGGCGUUCUGGGGGAGCGUGAGUGGAUACCUAAGCGGAAUUGCGGCCACCCCCUUGUCCGUAGUCAAGACUAGACUGCAGUCAGCCUCACAUCCCAGUAUCGCAGUUGGGAGGCAAUAUAGAUACACUGGCAUGAAACACGCCGUGGUCUCGAUAUACAACAAAGAAGGCAUGAAAGGCUUCUUUGCGGGCUUAAAUGCCACAUGCACUCGCUUGUUCAUCGGGAGCGCGGCACAACUUACUACAUUUUCCACCUCAAAGGAGUUCCUGCUAAAUAAUGGCAUUUGUGUCAACACGCCGCUAGGGUUGGCGUUUUUGGCCAGCUUGCUCAGCGCGGUAGUCGUCAGCCUCGCGAUAUGCCCUCUUGACGUCGCCACUGUCAGACUUUAUAACCAAGGGCCUGCGAAGCGUGGUGUGGUGCUUUACAACGGGUUGUUUGACUGUGUGGCCAAAAUAUACCGAAUUGAAGGCCUCCACGGCCUCUACAAGGGCCUUGGCCCGCUGUACCUCAGAUUAGCUCCUCACACAACCCUGUCUCUCGUCAUAUGGGACAUGCUUAACAAUAUAUUGCUACAUAAUAAAAACAGCUGA